GAAAAAAAGGAGUACUGAAUCUCUUGCAGGUAUCAUAUCAUCAUGGAUUUUAGUAACCCGAAAGCUUCAUCAUCAUCCCCAUCUUCCACCAAAACCAAAAGAAAGCAGCAACAGCAGCAACAAAACAACAACAACAACAACCAGCAGGCGGAAACGAGGUUUCUGGGAGUGAGGAGGAGGCCGUGGGGGCGAUACGCGGCGGAGAUACGAGACCCCACAACCAAGGAGAGGCAUUGGCUCGGGACAUUUGAUACUGCUGAAGAGGCUGCCUUAGCCUAUGACCGUGCCGCCCGCUCCAUGCGCGGCUCCAAAGCCCGCACUAACUUCGUCUACUCCGACAUGCCACCGGGCUCCUCCGUCACAUCCAUCAUCUCCCCCGACGAAUCCCACCACGACGUUCCCUCCAUUUUCGCUUCUGCUCCUCUCCAAAAUAACAAUCUUAACCAGAACCAGUUCUUCUCUCAAGACCCGUUCGGGUCAUGCCAGUUUCCCUGCGGGUUACCCAUCGGAGAUGGGUGGAGUGAUACGGUCGGGUCCUAUCAGCCCAUCACCGGAGUUAUGGACAACGGCAGCGGUGGUUCUCGCCAGUUCAGCAAUGACUCCGAGCUGCCACCUUUGCCUCCAGAUGUUUCAUCCGGGUCGGUGUCGUGUUCGGAUAUGGGUUAUGGAAUGUGGAGCGACUCGGGUUCAUAUUUCGGGUUCUCAGGACAAUCGGGGGUUGAAUUCGAUUCAGCGGGUUCUUAUUUGGGCUUUGACCCGAAUGGAAUGGGGCAGCAUAGCCCACUGUUUUCGGAUUCAGUAACGGACGGGUUUGAUUUGGGUUCGUCGUCCGGUUAUUUCUUUUAAUAACUGAAAAUGAAAUAUUAUUAGGUUU